GCAGCCAUCAUUAUUGUUUAUUGUUUAAUCUUGGCCUUGUGACUGUGAGCGCGUAAAUACGAUACGGGAUUUCUAUCGAUUUUGUUGCGAAAAAUAUUUAAAGUUUUGCAUGACCGAUGAAUGGAAGCCAGUGCCUAGAAAAGGAAUCCAAGUGCGGUAACGGGAGCGCCUUGAUGUCCAAGCAGUCGAAAACCAUGCCCAUGUUGGAGUUAAAAGUUUACAUACGCGUAGUGGCUGCCGUGUUUGCGGUAUCAUCAGCAACAGCAUUUGCCAUGGCGCUGCUGCGAGUCCUCCAUCCUGAUUUGUUUUACUUAGAGACUCUAGAUGGUAGUGAUGUAGGCAUCCACUACUUCAUAUCUGGUCUCAUGAUAUUCACGAGCGCGGUUGGAUUCCUCAACAGCUGCGUAGUGAUGAACCGCAGCGCCAGCAAGAACACCGGACGUAACAUCACAACGUGGCUACUGCUGGACUCGCUGUUUGAGACCACUCGAGUGGUGUACGUGUUCAUGUGCGAGAUCGUCAUCAAGGGCAGAGGGCCGCUACACGUGUACGAGCUGCUCAUCAGUAUCGCACAGUAUCUGUUGGACAGCUUCCUGUAUUGCCAGAUGAUACUCAGACACUAGUAUUUACUGUUGUUUUUAUUACUAUAAUAUCUAGACUGUUAUUAUGUAUGUUUGUAUGAAGUCUUGUGUUACAUACAAAGUGAGAUUUAUUAUGAUAGCGGACAUUCCAAAUAUUAGGGUUGUAACAAAACAUACUUAUAAAUAUUUAAAAUUAUUCCAAAAAAUAUUUUUAAAUUUCGCUAAUUUGACAUUAGAAAACGAAAUUCGAUUUCAAGAUCCUCAUACGAACUCGAUAUCGAAUAUCGUUGAAAAUAAUUACUACCAUAAGUUUAGAGGUGUGGAUAUAUAUACUAAAAUAUUUUUUACUAACUUUAUUAUAUAAUUGUUAUAGUUUGACUGUUUAUGGGUUUAUGCGUGCAU